AUGAGGCUCCUCAAUGUAGCCCUCCUGGCUGCGGCCUUUACCACCGGAAUAGAAGCAGCAGGGAAUGCCUCAAGCUCCUCAUCUCUCCUCUCAUCCGGCAACCUAAACCUAGGCGCAUACCAAUCUGCCUACAAAAAGGCCAAAACUCUCGUGUCCAGCCUCAACACCACUGAAAAGAUCACCGUCAUAACCGGCGGCUCCAUCGAUGGCGUCUGGACAGCCCUGGAAAGCAAAGACGGCAUGAGCUCCGUCAACCAGCAAUACUACGUCUCCAGCUUCCCGCUCGGCAAUGCAUUGGCCAUGACAUGGAACAGCAGCCUGGCCUACGACCAGUUUCUGGCUACUGGAAAGGAGUUCUACGGGGUUGGUUAUAACCUCGUUAAUGGUCCUGUGUCUGGGCCCCUUGGUCGCACGCCUUGGGGUGGUAGAGGUGUUGAGUCUUUCUCCCCGGAUCCGUACUUGUCUGGUAUCUUUACCGGCGAGGCGAUUUCAGGACAGAAUGACGCGGGUGUUGUUUCCACAGGGCGACACUUCCUCUUGAAUGAACAGGAGACCAACCGGAUGGGGAUGGGCGAGAGCGAAUCCUACUCGGCGAAUGCAGGUGACAAGGCCAUACACGAGCUGUAUCUGUGGCCGUUUGCCGACGCAGUCAGAGCCGGGAUGGGAGCGCUCAUGUGCGGCAUGAACCGGGUGAACGGGACGUAUUCAUGCGAGAGCAGCGCCAUCCUCGACCGCAUGCUGAAGACCGAGUUGGGCUUUCCGGGUCUCGUGCUUGGGGAUGUCGGUGGUCAGAAAACAGCUUACAACUCUGCCAAUGCCGGCUUGGAUUACGGAUCGAGUCAGUACUGGUCUGACGAGGUGAUCACGGCCGGACUGCGCAAUGGAUCCCUGACUGAGGCUCGUCUGGAUGAUAUGGUUAUGCGCAACGUCAUCGGAUACUUCUAUGUAGGGCUCGAUGAUGGAAAGCAGCCCUCUGUCGCUGAUACUACCGAGGACCGACGCGUCCGGGGGGAUCACUCUAAGCUCAUCAGGAAAGUCGGUGCUGAAUCUCUGGCACUCUUGAAAAACACCCCCGACGCCAAUAGCGGUCUCCCACUGAGCGAAGGUGGCUCGGUAUCCAUCUUCGGCGCGCACGCAGGCUCAGCUCUCGCUGGUCCAAACCACGCAUUCAGCAUCAUGGGCUCCGAUGCGGAUACCUACCAGGGGCAUCUGACCAACCCAACCGGCUCAGGUGCAGGAUCAGCAGCCUACAUCAUCUCACCCCAGAUGGCUCUGACCAUGCGCCAGCGCGAGAGCGGCGGGAUGCUGUGGUGGAUCACAAACGACACAUACUCCGCCAGCACCAGCUCAGGCAUGGGUGGAGCUGGGCCCGUUGGCGGCGCUGGCUCAGGGACAUCAGAGAGCUACUCAUAUGCCAACUACGCCAGUAGUUCCGACGCAUGCCUCGUAUUCUUAAAUGCAUUCUCCGGAGAGGGUGCAGACCGCGGGGAGCUGUCCAACUCCGAGCAGGAUGCGAUGGUCCUCGAAGUCGCAGCAAACUGCAACAAUACCAUCGUGGUGAUCAACACCGUCGGGCCCCGACUGAUGGAGAAAUGGAUCGACAACGACAAUGUAACAGCGGUGCUCUACGGUGGACUACUCGGACAAGAAUCUGGCUUCGCCAUCACGGAUGUGCUAUACGGCGACGUCAACCCGAGUGGAAAGCUCACGCAUACAAUCGGCAAGAACGCGAGUGACUACCCGGCUUCGAUAUGCGAGACUACAAACUGCAAUUUCACUGAGGGUGUGUAUAUCGAUUACCGCUGGUUCGACGCGAGGAAUACCACGCCGAGAUAUCCCUUUGGACAUGGACUUUCGUAUACAACAUUCAGCUAUGGUGCUGUGCACGCGAGGAAAACGGAUGCAGCUGCUCUCUCUUCUAAGUAUCCGACGGGGUCUCUGGGCCUAGGUGGGUAUGAGGAUCUCUUUGACGAGGUGGUAGAGGUCACCACUACGCUCUCGAAUACCGGGGGCGUGGUCGGUGCUGAGGUCGCGCAGCUGUAUGUCACUUUUCCCGUUGAGGCGGCGCAGCCCGUUCGUGUUUUGCGUGGGUUUGAGAAGGUGCAGAUUCCUGUUGGUCAGGACGUCAAGGUAUCGUUCUCUCUGCGACGGAGGGAUCUCAGUUAUUGGGAUGUGAGAGCGCAGCAAUGGGCGGUUGCGCGGGGGGUGUAUAAGUUUUCGGUCGGUGCGAGUUCAGUGGAUAUUCGAGGCACAGCGACAGUUAAAAUUUGA